CCUUGCUGCCUGCGAGCCGGUAGCCACUGGAGAUCCCGCAGUCAGCCCAGGGCUUCGGCGGCUUCCAUCACCCGGAGCCUGGCCGGGCCUUGGAACACCGGCGCACACUCGCUCUCCUGCCGUCUUUUUUCACCACUUUGUCCUUCUGCCAGUAGCUGCCGUCUGAGUUGCUCCAGAGACCGAGACGCCGCCGUCCCGAGGGACCAAUGAGAACUCCGCUGCUGCCGCAGGCGCCGGUGGUGCUGCUGCUCUUGAUCCUCGGCUCAGGCCAUCAUGCUGUUGGAUUGGAUCUCAAUGACACUUACUCUGAGAAAGGGGAACCAUUUUCCAGGAAUCACAGUGCUAGUGGACUCGAGGUUACUUCAAGAAAUGAGAUGUCCUCAAGAAGUGAGAUUACCCCUGUGAGUGAAAUGCCUUCUAGUAGUGAACUGUCCUCAGGAACUGACUAUGACUAUUUAGAAUAUGACGCUGAAGUCCAAAUAUCUGGCUAUAUCGUGGAUGAUUCAGUCAGAGUUGAACAGGUAGUUAAGCCACAGAAAAAUAAAACAGAAGGUGAAAAGACUUCAGAUAAACCCAAAAGAAAGAAAAAGGGAGGGAAAAAUGGAAAAAAUAGAAGAAACAAAAAGAAGAAAAAUCCAUGUGAUGCAGAAUUUCAAAAUUUCUGCAUUCAUGGAGAAUGCAAAUAUAUAGAGAACCUGGAGGCAGUAACAUGCAAAUGUCAUCAUGAUUAUUUUGGUGAACGGUGUGGAGAAAAGUCCAUGAAGACUCACAGCAUGGGUGACAGAGAUUUCUCAAAAGUUGCAUUAGCAGCAAUAGCUGCCUUUGUCUCUGCUACAAGCUUCACAGCUGUUGCUGUUGUCAUUACAGUCCAGCUUCGAAAAAGAUACUUCAGGGAAUUUGAAGAAGAAGCAGAAGAACAAAAGAAACUUCAACAAGAAAAUGGACAUGCACAUUCAAUAGCAUAACUGAAGAUAAUACAGGAUUUCAGGUCAGAGUCACUGCGAAGUCACAAGUGUAAAUGAUGAAUUGAUCCUCCUUUCAGUGAAGAAAAUGGAACCUUUUUGUUCUGAUGGUUUUAAACUUUCAAUUGUCACUUUUUUAUGCUAAAUAAUUUCUGUACAUAAAAAGAUGCAUGGAGAUAAAAAAUAUUUUUUCAAGUUGUAAAUAAUUUAUUUAAUAUUUAAUGGAAGUGUAUUUAUUUUAUAGCUCAUUAAACUUUUUUAA